AUGCAAGGGAAGGAAGCAAAAAUUAUAUUGCUAUAUAAAUCGUUGAAGGGACUAAAAGGUGACACACCACUUACCUAUCUGAGAUCAGAGUUUAACAACAUUCUCCUAGGAGACUCCCCAAAACUUGAAGUUUCAGAAGAACACUCCAUCGAGUACAACUUCACCACCAGCUUUGACAUUGGUCCUGACAGCCCACACAGUCUGGAUGAUCUGACUCACAAACCAGCUAUAUUAACUGUAAUUGAGAUUUUACCCAAAGAGAAGAAGCAAAAGGAGGAGAAGACAGUCACCCUUGGACAGACAGUUGUGGAUUUGCUUCCAUUAUUAAAAGGUGAAUGUAAUUUCAAGGUGAUCCUGCCUCUGCACCCGGCCCCUGGCUCACCUCUAGAGACCAUUCACCCGGAUGCCAAGCCCAGUCUAGAAGUAGCGGUUUCUGUUCCAGAGCCUCUGCUGUCGGAGUCACAGAUAAACAAAUGGAAUCUACUCAGAAUGACAUUGGAAGCUGCUUAUUGUGUUCCUGAGUCCUGGAACCACACAGGGCCACACUAUAAUUAUGUUGCAGGUCUUGUUUUACCCACAGUGGGACAGAAGGACCGCCCUCUGGUGUUUAAUAACGGUGUGUUAAAGGCCGGUGGAGAAAUAGAGCCGGUUCCACGGUUAAAAAAAUGGCCCACAAGUGGCAUCACUGCACCAGGAGCACAGACCAUGCCAGAUUCCUUUAUUCUUGGAGGAGCUUAUGAGGAGGAAGAUGGAGAGAUGAACAAGAAAGAGGACAGAGAGUUCCGAAUUGAUGCAGAGACCAAUAAGAAAAAAGUAAUGUGGGACUCAGAGAGGCGCUACUACCUUGAUCCAUCCAGCCUUAUCAGCUUACAGAAGCGGAUAGCAGAGAGUCGCUACUGGCCUGUGGAAAUAAUAAGGCUGCCUCUUGCCACCAGCCCUAAAGGAAAAGGAGGAAAAACAGAAAAAGUUGAAGAAGAUGGCCAAAUAUUUUUUCAUGGUGUUGCCUAUGUCAAUAUGGUUCCACUGUUGUACCCUGGCGCAAAACGACUGCGUGGAGCUUUUCGUGUUUUUCCAUAUUUGGAUUCUGACGUGCUUGACAAGACAUCAGCUAUGUCAAAGCCACCGGAAGUGUCAGCCGACGUUGAAUCAACAGCAGUGACCACAGCUCCAAAUGUGGAAGGACAGCAGUUUGUAGAGUCAGGGACGUAUAUUGUACUGGAGAUUACUUUGGAAAAGCCAUUGGUUCCUAAACGUUCUGCAGAAGAGGUAGCUCUCAGAGUAAAAGAUCUUAUACCACCACGGCCACAACUUCCCAGUCGAACUGCUAGAGCACAGAAGGCAGUUGAAGAUUACAAAAACCAGAUUGUAAGCAUAACAAAUUCUGUCUUGAAGGAAUAUAUGGAGCGGUUUGACCAUCAAAAAGCUGAUGGUCAAGAGGUAGACAAACAAGCCUUGGAAGAGCGGAAAUGCCAGUUGAUGUACGAGCUGAAUUGCUCUGGGAAAUACUUUGCAUUCAAGGAGCAGCUGAAGCAUUCAGUGGUGAAGAUUGUAAGAGAGAAGUUUCAGAAAACAACUGCGUUUGAUGAUCCAGAGAAGCUUCAGGAUUUCUUGAAUGAUCUCUAUAUUUAUCUGGUGGACAAGAUGCAUGAAUGUCUUAACACGACUUUAUUUAGUAGCAAAGAAGAGCUUCCUAGUCUUCCUGUAAAAGAUACAGAAAAACUCCUCCGAUUUGCAAAGGAAGCAGAGUUCAAUGAAGAUUUGAAUCUGGCUGAGCUGUACUAUCAAGAGAGAUUGGCUCAUGACCGUCAAUGCAUCGAUCACUGGUUGGAUUAUGGGGGUUUCAAGCUUCUUACUGGGGAUUACACUAAAGCCCAAGAAUGUUUUCAUGAGGCUGUGACACUAAACAGAGACCAUACUCACAGCUUGAUUCUCUGUGGUAUACUGGCUGUACUUAUGGAUCGCUAUGAAGAAGCUGAAGUCUUUUUUGAAGAUGCUACUUGUGUUGAUCCACACAGUAUAAUAGCUUGGACAAUGCUAGGUUUGUUUUAUGAAAUUCAGGGUAAUGACAUCAGGAUGGAAAUGGCCUUCACAGAAGCUGGCAAGCUCUCCUAUUCACAGCUAUCUCUUGAGGGACAAGAGUCUGUGUCAGAAACCAGAAGAGAAGCUACUGAUCAAGGUACAGUCUCUAAAGGCGUGACUGAAGAUCAAAAUGAAAAUGCUUCCAAAUUACCUCAAAGUCAUUUAGAAAAAACUGUUUCCUUGAUAAGCCGAACGCCUGAAGAAAGAACAGUACUUUCAAUGCCCAAAUCCACCUCUUCCAAACAGAAGCCUGCAUCUCUGAAAGAAGCCAGUACCAGUUCCAUCACAACAUCACUUACCCAAACUAAACCUAGCAGCAUUUUCAUGAAGACAGCAGAAUUUCUAUCACGUUAUAAUAUCACUCAAUUUAUACAGAGGGCUCUAGCACAUGAACUGCUGUCAACAGAUGGAGGUCCAAGUUGCAAAUACUACUUGAUGUGUGCUCAGAUGCAUAUUCUGAAGAAAGAGUUUGAUGAGGCCAAUAAGAAUCUCCAGGAAGCCUUUCAGAUAGACCAUCAGAAUCCAGAUGUGUGGGCACUCACAGGACACUUGAAGUUUCUUAGAGGCAAAAAGGAUGAGGCCAAAGAAUGGUAUGAACACACCCUCAGUCUGGUGGAGGACGCUUCAGAUAUGCAUCCAGUCUACUUGCGCCUUGGAGCUAUCUACCUUGAAAAUGAAGAGUAUGAGAAAGCCAAGAAUACAUUCCUGCUGGGGUGUAAAAAAUCUCCGACAUGUCAGACUUGGCUUGGAGUUGGGAUUGCUUGUUAUAGGUUGGAUGAGCUCAAAGAAGCAAGUGACGCCUUUUCAGAAGCCAAUGCUUUAAACAACACCAAUGCAGAAGUGUGGGGAUACCUAACUCUUGUCUGCUUAAAGAGCGGACGGCAGCUGGAGGCUGAACAGACAUACAAAUACACCAAAAAGUUUAAUCUUCAGGAUCAGUUUCUUCUCUCAGAAAUCCAUGACAUGCAGAAGCAGUGCGGUGCUGGAGACCUAUCCUUCUAAAACAUUCCUCUUAUUUUUCUACAUAUAUUAAGGAUGACAACAUGGGCAAAAAUUACAGUCAGGUGUCAUGUUGAAUUAUGUUCCAUUAUAGCCAUCAAAUGAUACAUUGUCAAUAAUAAACGUUAUUCCAACUGUAACCCUUUCCCCCACUGCCUUAAUUCUGUUUCUGGUUUUGUCCAAGGCUUACUUGUUUUCUGGCAUUUGGACUUGCCUUUAUUAUUGCUAUUUGUCACAUAAAUGUAUCUGUGGUAUGCUUAUAUAUCUCAGUUACUCUAAUAAAGCAUUCAGUGUCAACUCA